CUCGAGUCCACCGGAGGAUCUAUUCGAACGGAAAUCACACUGGAAAAGUUAUUUGCUCGGAUUUGAUUCCAUUUGACAGUGCUACUUAUUAAUUACGGAAGACCCGCUCGACGACCGUUCCGAUAACUGGCCGAUAGUACGCUCCCCGGAUAAGGGACCUCUGUUUUGUUGGAGGGGAGGGAGGGCUGAUGAAUUCGUCACCUGGAAAGCUGUCGCGAGGUUGAACUCUUGAGGGAUAUCUGGACUCUACCUGCCCAUAUUGCUACCUCGCACACUACCGCCGCAACCACGACUUCAAAGCCCUCGAACCUACUGCUACUAUUCUCUGCAUCACCAUGCCGUCAUUGUUGGCUUUACCUAACGAGCUGCUUCUCAUGAUAAUGGAGCAAUGGUCGAUGCCCGAUCUUGAUAGAAAAAUAGUUCGACUGGUGUGCAAGAGGCUAGAUGCAUUGGUCACCCCGUUAUUAUUCGCACACCUCUACGUCCAGAGCAGCGAGAUGAGCCGGCUUUACCAUGUAGCGGAAUCACCUCGCCUACGUACGCUUGUCAAGGGAUACUCGUUCUUGCUUCAAUGGCCGACAGAGGCCGAGGAUUGUAUCGUCGGUUGCGUCCAGGAAUUGAAUGCGCAUGUGCAUUAUAUCCCUAUGCUGAGCAACCUCAAAGGCAUCACCAUUGACACCCAACCGCAUCCUUUUCUCCACGAGAUGAUGGGGUCGGAUCGGCAGGCUCAGGCAAUCGCAGGGUUGCUGGAUGCGCUCUAUAUAUGCAAGAAAAGAGUGGACAAAAAUGAGGGGGGGCCUGAAAUUGUGGAAUUCAAUAUCGGGAGAAUCAACUCCGUAGCAAUGCAAUACAGUUCACGGGUAUCCGCUGGAGCUGUUGAGGCAAUGCAGAAACUGAAGAGAGUCACUUUUACAGGCCCUGAUCCAUCCAUGCUGGAGAGCGAUUGGAUGACAUUCGCUGGUGUAUUGAUUGCCAAAUCUACAGAACUGAAAGAAUUGACGGUCGGUGGCAACUAUGAAUCUGUCAAUCAGACUUCCGAAUUAUGGAAGCUAGUGAUCCCACACGAGCAUUGCUGCGGACAGAUUCUAAAAGGCGAAUCCAUCAAACCGGAGAUCAUGCGUUUCUGGCCUAAUCUGUCGAUCCUCAACCUAUGCGGCGUUCAAUUCUGGCAUCGGUUGUUUUUGGCGUUCCUGAGGCGGCACAAGGAGCAGUUGAGAACAGUUCGGAUCUUGCUGAACUGCAUUCUCAUCACCGAACGUAUUGACUCUCUCUCGGGAAAAUAUCUUUACCUGGACGAUGAAUGCUCUCUGGAGCACCCGGACGUUUGUUUUGUCGAAUUUAUGAGAUCCUUCAAAAAUGUCAUGACGCCUCUGUUAUUGAAUGAGCUGGAGUUCGACGACAUGCUCUUUGGAGCUUCACUAGUUUGGGACGAUUAUGAGAACUUGCUCUGGGUGCCGAAAUGCGACAUGGUGCAUUGGGCGCAAUGGAUAAUGAAUAAACGGCGGCACGAGCCAGUUUACGGAGAACAGUGGAUUUCGCGUUAGGAACGCACAGAG